UCUCUUGCCGCCCGCGAAACCGUCGUCGACUUGCGCGCUCGGGAUUUUCUCGGAUUUUAGCAUUUCCACAAAUAGGUAAGUCGUCGAAAAACGUCUCAGCAAUCGCGGUGCACUAGUUGGCAGCGAAGAGACAACAAUCACCAGCAGCACAAGCAGCAGCAACAAUGGCCCUCAGCCGAAUCUAUGCAUCCAAGUUGGCAUGUGCCGCCAAUAAGAAUGCCCUGCCGGUAAUCGCUACGUUCGUGCGCAAUGCCUCCGACAGCACAGACCUGAAGGGCGUCCUGACGGAGAAGAUUCCGAAGGAGCAGGAGCGCAUCAAGAACUUCCGCAAGCAGCACGGCAAUACCAAAGUCGGCGAAGUCACCGUCGAUAUGAUGUAUGGCGGUAUGCGUGGCAUCAAGGGUCUCGUGUGUGAAACUUCCGUGCUUGAUCCGGAUGAGGGCAUCCGUUUCCGCGGUUUGUCAAUCCCCGAAUGCCAGCAGGUGCUUCCGAAGGCACCAGGUGGUCAGGAACCAUUGCCUGAGGGUCUGUUCUGGCUGCUGAUCACUGGUGAUGUGCCGUCGAAGGCUCAGGUCGAUGCGUUGUCCCGCGAAUGGGCCAACCGUGCUGCACUGCCGUCGCACGUCGUCACCAUGCUAAACAACAUGCCCACCUCUCUGCAUCCAAUGUCGCAGCUGAGCUGUGCCGUGACCGCAUUGAACCACGAGAGCAAAUUCGCGAAAGCGUACUCCGAAGGUGUGCACAAGAGCAAGUACUGGGAGUACGUGUACGAGGACAGCAUGGACCUGAUUGCAAAGCUGCCGGUGAUUGCGGCCACCAUCUAUCGCAACACGUACCGCGAUGGUAAGGGUAUCGGUGCGAUCGACCCGAAGAAGGAUUGGUCGGCCAACUUCACCAAGAUGCUGGGCUACGAGGAUGAGAAGUUCACCGAGCUGAUGCGCCUGUACCUGACGAUUCACAGCGACCACGAGGGUGGUAACGUGUCGGCACACACGGUCCAUCUGGUCGGUUCGGCACUGAGCGAUCCGUACCUGUCGUUCGCCGCCGGCAUGAACGGUCUCGCCGGUCCGCUGCACGGUUUGGCCAACCAGGAGGUGUUGGUGUGGCUGCAGAAGCUGCGCAAGGAGCUGGGCGACAACGCAAACGAGGAGAAGGUGAAGGAGUUCAUCUGGAAGACGCUAAAGUCGGGCCAGGUUGUGCCCGGUUACGGUCACGCCGUAUUGCGUAAGACCGAUCCCCGCUACACCUGCCAGCGCGAGUUCGCCCUCAAGCACCUGCCAAACGACCCGCUGUUCGGGCUGGUUUCGAACAUCUACAAGGUCGUGCCCCCAAUCCUGACCGAGCUGGGCAAGGUGAAGAACCCGUGGCCGAACGUAGAUGCUCACUCCGGUGUGCUGCUGCAGUACUACGGUCUGAAGGAGAUGAACUACUACACCGUGCUGUUCGGUGUAUCGCGCGCCCUCGGCGUGUUGGCAUCGCUUGUGUGGGACCGUGCCCUCGGUCUGCCGAUCGAGCGCCCCAAAUCGAUGUCCACCGAUGGACUGAUCAAGGCCACCUCCAAGUAAAGGGUGGAACUUCCCUGUAAUGCAUAAACAAACAAACACACACUUAAAUCACACAACCGUUAAACACACACACACACGCAUCCUUUGCAACUCUAAGCAUAAGUUUUCAUCGAAAUGAGUAAUUUAAACACACACCGACAAAGUAAAGCAAACUUGAAUGUGCAGUCGCAACCGAGACCAACAACAUGCAGCUCAUCAUCAUUGAUCCCGUAUCAGCAGGGACGAAUCGAAAAAUGGACAAGGGAGGGAGUCGGCUAUUCUACGAUAUUAAGGCCAGCGCCGGAACGUUAGUCACCGCAGGAGUGGGAAGAAAGCUAGAGCGAUAGAGAGUAACACAAUUUGCAACCAAAAACUACCAAACUCUGCGAUAGUAAUUGAGUUAAAAACUAUACAAAUAGCUUUUAGAGUGAUAGAUACAACCAACCAUCCCUCCCGACAAAAGAGAAUGCUGUUGGUGAAGACCCUUUCCCAUCGCUCAUCUUAAAAAACAAAAAAGAGGACAACGACGGCAAGAGAAAUAUGUGGCGAGCGACAAGAAAACGAUAAUUAAAGCAAAGAAAUAUGUAAUAAUAAUACUUAUCCUCUCUCGUAGAGAGUGUCGCAAAACAAACCAGAACAAGAACAAUCUAAUUACGAGAGUUACACACCAAAUGUAAGCAAAGAUGUGCGUUUUGUUCGUAAGGUGAAUGCCAAACACAACGCGAAGAAAGAAUCAUUUUCUAUGUUUGCCUGUAAGGACAUGCUACGGUCGAGUAAAUCUCUAGUAUUUGAAAGUACAUCUGAUGAAAAUGCAUGCUGUAGAAGCGUUUUUUCCUCACGUUCUUAAAUCUUAAAUCACACAACCGCCUUGCGGAUGGAAAACAAAAGAUAGGAUUGGUAGAGAAGCUACCGUUUGCAAAACCGAUCUAAUCUUUAAAUUAGUAGCCUAACUAGCACGUUUGCUCGUAGUAGAGUUCCACAUCGUGUAUCAGCCCGAAUGGUGGGCAGAAAUGUGUGGUGCCGUGGUUCCAGUGUUCCUUUCGUUUCGAUUGAGUACAUAUUAUUUUGCUGUAAGUGUGGCGUCUAGCAACUUAAUUAGUUUAGAAUGAUCGUUAACGUUUGUUUUGCUCUAAGGGCAGUCCAUUUUGUCAAGUUACGUAAUUUAAAUUAUUGUUUGUUUUUUUUCACACGUGCAUACCGACUUGUUCAAGUUUUGGGAGGAAACCCCACAUGCAUUGCUGCAUUGCUAGGGACGGACGGAAACAAUCGUUCACGUGAAUGUGCUGCACAUUCCUGUACCGUAGUAUGCUGACCCAAUAAUUAAUAUUUAUUGCUUUCUGAGAACGUAUGACGUGUGGUUCAUGCGUAGGUACGGUAUGGAAGUGCACCCAUUGCAUAGCGCUUGUGCGUGGUGUGUAGAUAAACAAGGACGCAAUUUACUACACUUUCCACCAGACUUGACUAGGUUUUCAAUUCGAUGACUUCAGAAUGAUUAAGAGGAUGAGUUUGUUUUGCUAAAUGAAAUAAAUCAAACAAAUUGUUUUCAAACAUA